CACACAAUAUCGUAACAAAAAAAUGUUUCAUUUGAUGGUAGGGUUCGUUGCGAAAAUGUUGGGAAUUCGGACCUUUCGAUGGCAUUUCAGUGAAAAAGGGCAUGGAAAGGGAGCACCCGAUGGCGUAGGUGGCUGCUUGAAACGAACUGCCGACGUCUUGAGUUGAAAGAAAAUACAAGAAACAUCCGAAUAUAUUCCGUACCCAGUCAAAAGAUUACUGAUAUCGACGCUAUUGUACCAAAAAAUCUCUGCACUUUUAAAGGAACAAUGAAAGUUCAUGAGCUUACGUGGUCUUCUCAAAAGCCCUUUAUGAUACAAGCACGUGAACUUUCCUGCUUAGAAUGUAAGCCAGAUGAAAUCUGUAUUCACUACGGUCUGGGCACCAUACAACUUUCGAAACCAUCACCAUUGCAAUUAUUAGAGAUGGAUUUGGAUCGAAAAAUUGACAGCGAUAAUGAAACAUCUAGUGCUAGUUCUGAAUGUCACCAAGAUACUGAGACAAUAAUCCACAAUUUCAGUGAUCUUGAUGUCGGUGACUAUGUUGUGGUACAGCUACAAGGGAAAAAGAAUAUGAAGUUCUAUAUAGCUUACAUUGAAGCAGUAGAAAAUGAAAAUGAAUUUGGUGUGUUCUUUAUGAGAACAGCAGUUGGCGGCAAGUUUGUAUUUCCAAACAAAGAGGACAGAGCUGUGAUGGAACUGAGGGAUGUAAUCGAAGUUCUUGGUAAACCGUCAAUUCAUCGGGGUCGAUAUUCAUUUCCCAACAACCUUUUGAAAUAUAAGUUUUCUUAAUUUUCCAUGUAGCUCUUCUUUUUCAAAAUAUAUAUACUGCAUUUUUUUACGUUUAAAUACAGAUUUUUCUCAACUCCGUGAUACCUCUCCUCAACUCCGUGAAAUUAAGGUUUGAAAAAUAGGUAUUUUUUGGAAAAGCUGAGCAAUCGAUC